GACCGCCCGGGGCAGGUGCCUCCGGACCCCCCGGCCAGGCUGGGGCCGCCCAUGCGGCUCUGAGAGGACGGGGGUGGCCGGGCCCCCCCAGGGCCCCCCAGGGCCCCCCCAGACCCGCCCAGGCACCAUGACCUGUCCGGCCGCUGAGGGACACCCCAAACCCGGGGGCCACCGAGAGACCAAAGCCCACCUGGGCUCCGUGGCGCACCUGGGCUCUGUGACCCACCUGGGCUCCCAGCACGGCUCCAUGGCUCCAGAAGGUUCUGAGGGACACCAAGAGACCAAAGCCCACCUGGGCUCCAUGGCCACCAGAGGAUCCUUGGCCAGCUGGACCUCUGCGGUCAGCCAGGACCACCGAGAGACCAAGGCCCACCUGGGCUCUGUCGCCCACCUGGGCUCUGUCGCCCACCUGGGCUUUGUGGCCGACCCAAACUUCGUGGGCAACCAAAACUUCGUGGGCAACCAGGACCAUGCCAAGCCCGGUGCUGGUGGUGGCUCUGUGGUGCUGUUGGACUCCAAGAUCUCCCAAGGCUUUGAGGAGCACCUGGGCACUCGGCUCAGCCAGGUCUCUGUGACACACCUGGCGUCCGUGGCUACCCAGGAGCACCUGGAGAUGGAGCUGCAUCAGGAACCCGAGGCCAGCCGCGGUUCUGGGGGCAACCAGGAGCACCCAGAGCCCGACACCAACGUCCCCUUGGACUCCAAGGUCAACCAGGGCUCCGUGGGUCAUUUAAACCUGAAGGGCCACCAAGACCUCGCCCCUUCCCCGGCCUCCGAGGACCCCCAGGAGCCCAAGGUCACCCAGGGUCCCGUGGCCAACCAAAACACCAAGGUCAACCAAAGCCCCACGGCCCCUCCAGAGGCCAAGAUCAACCAAGACCCCGUGGUGUGGUUAGACUUGAGGGUCCACCAAGCCCCCGAGGACCCCCAAGCCCCCCUGGACAGCCCAGCUGGCCAGGCCCUGGUGGCUCUCACGGACUGGAACAUCCACCAAGCCCCGGUGGCCGAGCACAGCCCCGCGGACCCCCGAGACACCGAGGCCAAGCCCGGCCCUCCGGACCUGAGGGUCCCCCUGGCCACCACCACCAAUGGACGCUGCCCGGGCACCGAGUGCCACCAACCCCUCGUGCCCACCCGGGCCACCCCAGCCCCCUGCCCGCGUGCCCAAAUCCCCUCGGGCGCCCGCCUGGGGCUGGUGCUGCUGACGCUGGGCUCGCUCCUGCUGCCCUGCGCCCGCGGCUCGGCGCUGGAGUUCGGCGGCGCCCCGGGGCAGUGGGCGCGCUACGGGCGGUGGGCGCCGGGCGCGGGGGGCCAGCUGAGCUUCCGCUUCAAGACCAACGUGACGCGGGCGCUGCUGCUCUACCUGGACGACGGCGGCAACUGCGACUUCCUGGAGCUGCUGGUGGCCGAGGGGCGGCUGCGGCUGCGCUUCGCCAUCGCCUGCGCCGAGCCGGCCACGCUGGAGCCGCCGGCGCCGGUCAGCGACGGCCGCUGGCACGCGGUGCUGCUGACGCGGCAGGCGCGGCACGCGGCGCUGGCCGUGGACGGCGAGGCGCGGGCGGCCGCCGUGCGCUCCAAGCGGCCCGACAUGGCCGUGGCCAGCGACCUCUUCGUCGGCGGCAUCCCGCCCGACGUGCGGCUCUCGGCGCUGACGCUCAGCACCGUCAAGUACGAGCCGCCCUUCCGCGGGUGGGUGGCCGACCUGCGGGUGGGCGACGCGCCGGCCGCGCUGCUGGGCGCCCAGGGGGUCCGGGGCGACGGCGACGAGCGCUGCGCCCACCACCCGCCCUGCGCCCACGGCGGCCGCUGCACCCUGCGCCGUGGGGAGCCCCGCUGCGACUGCGCCGGCACCGGCCACCGCGGGCCCUUCUGCGAGGAAGAGGAAGAACCCGCGGUGGAAGGUCCCGCCCACCUGCGAGUCACCGGCCAAGGGCCCGCCGAGGUCGCCGAGGGGGGGCCCGGCCGCGGCGCCGGUGAGAUCCAGCAGGCAGCGAAAGGCCGCGCCGAGUACGUGGCCACGUUCCGGGGCAGCGAGUUCUUCUGCUACGACGUGUCGCGGUCGCCGGUGCAGAGCAGCGCGGACGAGCUGGCGCUGGCGUUCCGCACGCGGCAGCGCCACGGGCUCCUGCUGCACACCGGCCGCGCCGCCGACUUCCUCAACCUGUCGCUCAAGGCCGGCGCCGUGUGGCUCGUCAUCAACCUGGGCGCCGGCGCCUUCGAGGCGCUGGUGGAGCCCGUCAACGGCAAGUUCCACGACGGCGGCUGGCACCACGUGCGCGUCACGCGCAACCUGCGGCAGCACGCAGGGAUCGGACACGCUAUGGUGACCAUUUCCGUGGACGGCAUCCUGACCACCACGGGCUACACGCAGGAGGAUUUCACCAUGCUGGGCUCCGACGACUUCUUCUACGUGGGGGGGUCCCCCAACACCGCCGACCUGCCGGGGUCCCCCGUCAGCAACAACUUCAUGGGCUGCCUCAAGGACGUGGUUUACAAGAACAACGACUUCAAGCUGGAGCUGUCGCGGCUGGCGCAGGAAGGGGACGCGCGGGUGACGCUGCACGGGGCGCUGCUCUUCCACUGCGACCCCCCCCCGGCGCUGGACCCCGUCACCUUCGCCACCCCCCAGGCGCACCUGGCGCUGCCCACCUGGCGCCCGGCCCGCGCCGGCUCCGUCUCCUUCGAUUUCCGCACCACGGAGCCCAACGGGGUGCUGCUCUUCGGGCAGGGACCCCCCCGCGAACCCCCGGCCCCCCGGGGGCCGCCCCCGCCGCCCCCCGAUUUCCUGGCGCUGGAGCUGCUGGACGGGCACCUGUACCUGCUGCUGGGCAUGGGCGCGGCCGGGCUGCGGCUCCGCGCCAGCGCCCGCAAGGUCACGGACGGAGAGUGGUGCCACGUGGACGUGCAGCGCGACGGGCGCAAAGGCUCGGUGUCGGUCAACAGCCGCAGCACGCCCUUCCUGGCCAGCGGGGACCGCGACGUCCUGGACGUGGGGGCCGAGCUGUACCUGGGGGGGCUCCCCGAGGGCCGCGCGGGCCCCCCCGCGCCCCCCGAGCUCUGGGCCGCGGGGCUGCGCCUCGGCUUCGUGGGCUGCGUGCGGGACCUGUUCGUGGACGGGCGGAGCCGCGACGUGCGGGCGCUGCUGGGCCCGGGGGGGGCUCCGGGGGUCGCCCCGCUCUGCGCCAGGGACCCCCCCCGGCUGUGCGCCAGCGGCCCGUGCCGCAACGGGGGCACCUGCCGCGAGGGCUGGAACCGCUUCGUGUGCGACUGCCGCGGCACCGGGUACCUGGGGCCGCGCUGCGAGACAGAGGCGGCGGUGCUGAGCUACGACGGCAGCAUGUACCUGAAGGUGCAGGUGCCGGGCGAGCAGACCGAGGCCGAGGACGUGUCCCUGCGCUUCAUGUCCCCCCGAGCCUUCGGCCUCGUCCUGGCCACCACCUCGCGCCACUCGGCCGACACGCUGCGCCUCGAGCUGGACGGGGGGCGCAUGAAGCUCACCCUCAACCUGGACUGUGUCCGCGUGGGCUGUCACCCCAGCAAGGGCCCCGAGACGCUGUUCGCGGGGCAGCGGCUGGAUGACAACGAGUGGCACUCGGUGCGGGUGGCCCGGCGCGGGCGCAGCCUCCAGCUCGCCGUGGACAACGUCACCGUCGAAGGACAGCUGUCGGGCUCCCACACCCGCCUGGAGUUCCACAACAUCGAGACCGGCAUCGUCACCGAGCGCCGCUUCCUGGCCGUGGUCCCGUCCAACUUCCUGGGCCACCUGAGCGGGCUGGUCUUCAACGGGCUGCCCUACCUGGACCUGUGCCGCGACGGCGACAUCAGCUCCUGCGAGCUCAACGCGCGCUUCGGCCGCCGCGCCAUCGUGGCCGACCCGGUGGCCUUCGGCGGCCGCGGCUCCUACGUGGCGCUGGCCACGCUCCAGGCCUUCUCCUCCUUCCACCUCUUCUUCCAGUUCAAGACCACGGCGCCCGACGGCCUCAUCCUCUUCAACGGCGGCAGCGGCUCCGACUUCCUGGUGGUCGAGCUGGUCAAGGGGUACAUCCACUACGUGUUCGACCUGGGCGAGGCCUCGCUCAUGAAGGGCAACUCGGAGCAGCCGCUGCACGACGGGCGCUGGCACGAGGUGGCCGUGGCGCGCGAGGGGGGCACCCUGCACGCGCUGCGCGUGGACGGGAGACCCGUGACCCAGCACGGGCAGGGCGCCCGCGGGCUGCAGCUCAAGGGUGAGCUGUACGUCGGGGGGGUCAGCCCGGGGCUCCUGGGGCGCCUCCCGCGCCUCGUGGCCUCCCGGGGCGGCUUCCGGGGCUGCCUGGCCUCGCUGGACCUCAACGGGCGCCUGCCCGACCUGCUGGGGGACGCCCUGAGACGCGUGGGGGACGUGAGGAGGGGCUGCGACGGCCCCAGCACGACGUGCGCCGAGGACUCGUGUGCCCACGGGGGCGUCUGCCUGCAGCAGUGGGACGGCUUCACCUGCGACUGCAGCAUGACGGCCUUCGGGGGGGCCGGCUGUGCCGAGCGUGAGUCCCAGGCAGCUCCACCCUCUGCCCCACACCUGGCUGGGGGUCCCGGGGGGGCUUUGGGGCCGCUCUAUGGGCCGGACCCGAUCCCGGUGUCCCCGUGGGGCUGUGGGGACACGGACACGG